AUUCCGACUGCAUACCCUAAACUAAUACUAAAAUGGACGCCGCCUGGAAUCACUGAGACCUUAAAUGUCCCAGUAAAAGCGGGGAAGUUCAACAAUAUUUGCAAUUCCCUCUGACACUGGAAGACCACCACCAAUGGCGACAGAAUCCCAUGCCAUCGUCUUUGGGGCAGCUGGACUGCUCGGAUGGGCGACCUUGAACCAGCUGCUCUCUGGUUAUCCCUCAUCAAGGCCCUUCUCUCGCGUCACCGCGGUCCUUAAUCGGCCCGUCUCGGAGCCUGAUCUCUGUUUGCCUUCAGGGCCGAACCGACCUUCUUUUGAGCUGGUUUCGGGGAUCAAUUUGCUACAGGCAACCGGAGAUGAUCUUGUGAAGCAAGUGAAAGAAAAAGUCCCUUUCGUGGAAGGGAUAACCCAUGUCUUUUAUUUCGUCUUCGCGCCGUUCGACGAUGACCAUAUUCAAGAGUGUAACCAGAAUUGCGGUAUCAUGCAGCGACUGGCUGACGCGGUGAACAUCGUCGCCCCAAGGCUCCGAUCGUUUGUGUAUUCCGGCGGGUCAAGAGGCUACGGUAUUUACAACCCUGGUGGUGUCUUCCAGCCACCACUCGAAGAAUCCAUGGCCGAUACCUUACCAGAAGACUACGCCAAAACCGUCGCAUAUCCGUGGUUCCGAAAGAUCUUAACCGAAGCCAGCAAAGAUCGCAAUUGGACCUGGAGUGAGGUCUGUCCGGAUGCUGUGGUUGGGUUUUCUCCUAACGGCUCUGCGUACUCUCUUGCCCUUCACUGGGCACAAUACCUUUCGUUAUAUUCAUUUAAUCACAGAGGCUCCACCGACAAACAGAUAGAGGUUCCGUUCCCCGGAAGCGAAGCUGGUUAUCGGUCGCUGUAUACGCCUGUGUCGGGCGAAAUCCUCGGUCGCAUUGCAAUCCAUGCAGCGCUACAUCCGGAAUCAUGCGGUGGAAAGAUUAUCAAUAUGGUAGACAACGAUAUCCCCGUCAGUGCUAGCGACCUCUGGCCGGGCAUCGCGGCCUGGUUCGGGCUAAAAGGGGUGGGACCAAGGGAAGACAACGCUCUUAAACCAAGUGAAUAUAUUGGCAGAUACCGCCAUCUGUUUGCUCAGAAUGGGGUUCCAAAAGGACUAACCUGCGGUGUUGGCAACGGGAGCAAGCAAUUGGAUUCUGUUGGGUGGUGGCUUUCUUUUGACCGACAAUUCAGUCCCAAGAGGUUGAGAUCGGUGGGAUUUACUGAGCAGCGGGAUCCGGUUGAAGGCUGGUUGGAAGCAUUUGAGAGGUUGAGAGAGGCGGGAAUUAUUUUUUGAACUUUCUGUGUCUAGUAAUUCUAGUAUAUGUACAGGUGUUGGCGAACUUUGUCUGGAAUAUCAUCAUGAGAUUUCGUGAUCCCACCUUGCCUUGGUGCUAAGAAAAUUUGGCAUCUUGAGCUACUGAACUCCUUGUCGGUUACUUGACUUGGGGUUAAAUAAUAAGGUCCAGGACCAACCAGCUCCAGGACCAGACGUGCGCCUCAGGAGAUAAACCAAUUAUAAGCCCACAAAUGCCCAAAUCCCUGGGGAAUGAGUCAAAAAGGUGUGCACUCAUUGUGAAUCACCGUUAAUCAUGGCAUUCUUCGCAAUUCGUUCCCACAUGUCCAAAUCCACAUGUUUGGCCUGUGUCUCCUUCAGUUCUCCAAGAUAUCUUCUGUUAAGGAAAUCUUUCUAGCGCUUGAGUUCUUCGAUGGCCUUACUCAGUUCUCCGUGAAGCGACCUGAUGGCCGGAAUCUGUACAUUUCAAGCAGUAUUCAGUGGGUUACUUUUUUACACAUGUCAUCUUUAGUGUCUAUUUUUCUAAGGUAGCUUUUGAGAGUCUUCAAAGAUUAACAACUGACCCAAGUUUUAGCAGAAAUAAGAUAUUCUACGAACACUUUAUCCAAAGUAAACUAAUAGAAAAAGAAGCCAAGUUACCCAAGUCUACCAGAUAUAGCUAGCUGUUAAU